AUGGAGGUUUUCUUGUUUAUUUCAGGUCACCCACAUUUUUUUAAUCAGCAGUUUGCCGGGGUGGACUAUCAUACCCUGGCAGGACGAUUCCUCACUGAGGCUCUCAACACUAACCUCUUCACCUAUGAGGUGGCCCCGUUGUUUGUGCUGAUGGAGACUGAGGUCCUGAGAGGGCUGCAGCAGCUGGUUGGCUGAACAGAAGGUGAUGGUAUUUUCUGCCCUGGAGGGUCUACCUCUAACAUGUACGCCAUGAACGUUGCACUGGUCAAAAGCCAGGGGCUAUAGGGUCUCCCACGACUCACCUUCUUUAUCUCCAGCAGUCAGGAACUGUCUGAAGUUAUGGUUGAUGUGGAAAGCUGUUGGCUCCAUUGGCUUGGAAUUGGCGUAGACAAAGCUUUUUAUCCAUGUAAGAUAAAUGAGGCACGUAGCUGUAGCACAACACAAGCCGGACGUAGCAUGUAUCUGGUGGAGCAGAUGAAGAGAAGGGUUUCAUUUUGUCUCCACGGACAGCCAGAAUUUGUGAAUGUAUGCUUCUGGUCUAUACCAUGUAGUAUGAGGGGGAAAGAAGGAAAUGCUGAUUACCAGGAAAGACUGGCGAAAAUAAGUUUCUUUAUUACAUCAGUGGACUGGGAACAUAAAGACUAAAUCCUCCAUCAUUGAGAUUUUGAAUUCCUUCCUCCUAUUGCACACACUAAGCACACUAAGCACUCAGAUUACAGAUACACUCUCCUGUGUAUCUGUAUCAAAUAUCAAAAACAUUGUUUAAGCAGAAUAUCAGAACAAUUUACCUUCUGUUAUUAAACCUGUCAGUUUCUGAUGUAUUUUUCUCCCUAUCUUGUCAUCCGCCCUAAGCAAAAUUCUGCUAAGGGCCCCUCCUACCUGACCCGUGAACCAUGUAAACCAUAUGCCAUUGCCACACAGUCACACCUAACACCACAGGUUUCCCUCUACCUUUAAAACAGUUUGCUCCAUCUGUCAGUCUAAGAAUAAGUAGAUCUAUAAACAAACAAUAUUUAUUGAACAGAAUUUUUUCUAUAGAAUCUUAACAUAAGUGAAUAUUAACAUGAACAUAAAUAAGAAAUUGUAGAAAAUGUAAAAUGUAGACAAUAAUAAACUAUAACACUGAACUUAGGCUCUGCUGCCUGGUAAUUAGUCCAGUCCUCACAAUAUUAUACAAUUAGCUUUGGCUAUACAAUGUAAACAUAAGCCUAUAGGCUAGGGCUGCAGCUUUAUGUCUCAAAAUAGUCAAAUAAAACCUAUACAGCUGUGUGGCUUCCCCAGAUUUCCUUUUAUACAUUUUCAAAUAUAAAAUACUAUUUAUACUAUGGCUUGGCUGAAUAGGUGAUGGUUGUUAUUUACUGAGAGA